AUGGCUGGUAGAGGCAGAGGCCGAGGUCGCGGUCGUGGUCCUGGCUGCGGCAGAGCUGCAUGCUCGCUGUCGCCUGCGACGCGGUCGUCUUCAUCGUCGGACCUGCUGCAGGAGGAGGAGCAAGUGUUGUUCGAGUUUGUCAUCGUCCUCAAGGGCGACCCACUCGACAUCCAGAGGCCGCUGUACAAGUUCGCCGACUUCAUCGCCGACAACAAGCCGGCCGCGCUGCAUCUGCGGGAGGCUGUCUGGGACUGCUGCUGGUGGCCGGUGGACGCCCUCUUCGACGGGCACGGCAAGAUGUACCUCCACACCGGCUGGGAGAGGUUCGCGCGCUACCACGAUCUCGAAGCCGGCUGCGUGCUCACAUUCUCCUACCUUGGCGACGCCGACAUGAGCGUCAAGGUGUUCGAAGAGAUGUGCUGCCGCUGGCACUACCACGACGACACCGAUGAGGAGGACGAUUGA